AGAGCCCAUUGAAUUAGUUGCCGUUUCAAGGGUCGACACGCAACAUGUCGCAGCCGACGCCAUUGGUGCAACCCCUCUUGCAGCAGUUCCAGCAGUUAUUUUUCCUUUCAAAAUUGGUAGGAGUGUUACCCCAGGACCUGGAAAGUUUUCGCACCAAGAAUGUACUCGAAAAAUCCAGUCGGGGCAUGUGGUAUUUGCUAGGCACCAUUGUGGCUUAUGUGGCGCUCUACAACUUCUUGAUUAUCUCGUUCGGCGAGGAGGAUCGCACCCUCAAAGCAUCGCAGAGUACGUUAACCUUUGUGAUUGGUAUAUUCCUAACAUACAUCGGUUUAAUUAUGAUGGCUACUGAUCAAAUAACCGCUCUGCGUAAUCAAUCGAAACUUGGCGAGCUUUAUGAACGCAUUCAGGUAGUCGAUGAGCGACUCUACAGGGAGAAUUGUGUAGUGGACAAUAGUCGUCUCCAUGUGCGCAUUCGGCUGAUGAUUGUGCUAACAUUCCUGUUUGAGAUUUCUGUUUUGAUGGCUACGUAUAUCAAAUUGGUAGAUUUGACGGAAUGGAUUGCGUUUUUUUGGUGCAUAUCAGCGAUUCCUACGUUUAUCAACUCGCUGGACAAGAUUUGGUUCGCUGUUUCUUUGUUUGCUCUGAAAUCCCGUUUUGAGGCCAUCAAUGCCACGCUGGACGAGUUGGUGGCAACACAUGCAAAAUUCAAGGCUUGGCAGAGUGGUGCUGAGACUGAAUCUGAAUUGAUUCUGGACAGUAAUUCACCACCUCAGUAUGACAGCAAUCUAGAAUACCUGUAUAAGGAAUUGCGUGGCAUGGACAUCGGCUCGGCCAAGAACAAGGUAUCUCCAAUUGCGCACUCUAUGAACUCGUUUGGUGAGUCAAUAAAAACCCCACAGAAGCUUCGAAAGACUAUGGUUAACAUGGCACACGAAAGCGAGCUAGCCAAUCCGGCUAAAGUCGAGGAAAAGCUUAACAACUUGUGUCAGGUGCAUGACGAAAUCUGUGAGAUUGGCAAAGCCUUGAACGAACUGUGGAGCUAUCCGAUUUUGACUUUAAUGGCCUAUGGGUUUCUCAUCUUUACGGCGCAACUUUAUUUUCUGUACUGUGCAACUCAAGCUCAGGCCAUACCAUCGCUCUUUCGCUCGGCCAAGGAUCCGUUUAUUACACUUUUCGUGUUGUGCUAUACUUCCGGAAAGUGCAUAUAUCUUAUCUAUUUGAGCUGGAAGACCUCUCUGGCCUCUAAACGAACCGGCAUCAGUCUGCACAAAUGUGGCGUGGUAGCUGACGAUAAUCUGCUAUACGAAGUAGUGAACCACUUAUCACUAAAGCUGCUCAACCACUCGGUGGACUUCUCCGCAUGCGGCUUCUUCACGCUGGACAUGGAAACACUCUAUGGGGUUAGCGGUGGCAUUACCAGCUACCUGAUUAUUCUCAUUCAAUUCAAUUUGGCCGCCCAGCAGGCAAAGGAUGCCAUACAGGCAUUCAAUAGUUUUAAUGAGACAGCCAGUUUGAUUGGCGCUGAAAUGGAAAAUGGUACAUUUAGCUUCACCAGCACCACAUUAAGUCCCACAAACUAAUAAGUAGUUCUUUCAAACUUAAAAAUUCUAUUACUCAAUUAUAUUUUUUUUGUUUAAAGCACCUAUAUGCACGUACUUAUAAGAUUUUUUUAACUG